GCCAAGGCCGUAUUGGUAUAGAUGGUUGCAGCGUGAUUGAUUUUGAUUGUUUGAUUGAUGUGAUGCGACGAGUAUCAUGGAUGAGAAUACUUACGAUAGCAUAAUUGGUAAACACAGUUGCCUGCAAAGUUUAAAUGUCAAUCAGACCGACCGUCCACCAAGCGCCUGUGGCCAAGUGGCUAUGGUCCUCGCAUAUUACCUAGAGGAGCCGAGUUCGAAUCUCGGAACGGCGAGCUUCUCUCAUGAGCUCCGACGUCUAAUUGGACGGUUUUACUCAGUAACGAGGCGCCAGAACACCCGUGCGUCUCGCCCGUGUCCGGAGCCGUGUUCGAGCGCCGCCUCAUCGAGAAAUACAUCACCGAUAAUGGCGUCGAUCCGGUGGCCAACAAGCCGCUCUCGGCAGACGACCUCAUCGAUAUCAAAGUGUCGGCGCUGGUGAAGCCCAAGGCGCCGUCGGCCACCAGUAUCCCGGCCAUCCUCAAGUCGCUGCAGGACGAGUGGGACGCCGUGAUGCUGCACAGCUUCACACUGCGGCAGCAGCUGCAGACCGCCCGUCAGGAGCUCAGUCACGCGCUCUACCAGCACGACGCCGCCUGCCGCGUCAUCGCGCGCCUCACCAAGGAGGUGACUGCCGCCCGCGAGGCGCUGGCCACGCUCAAACCGCAGGCGGGCGUGCCGUCGGCGGCGGCGGCGGCGGUGGCGGUGGGCGCGCACACACCCCAGCCGGCGGCGGCUGUCGACACGGCCGCCAAGCCCGAGCAGGCGCAGCCGGAGGCCGGCAUGACGGCCGAGGUCAUCAAGCAGCUGCAGGACAAGGCCACGGUGCUGACGCAGGAGCGGAAGAAGCGCGGCAAGACGGUGCCAGAGGACCUGGUGACGCCGGAGACCCUGCGCAGCUACAGGACAGUCAGCAGCAACCCGGGUCUGCACAGCGCCUCUGUGCCGGGUAUCCUGUCUUUGGACGUGCACCAGGAGGACACCAGCAAGAUUGUCACGGCCGGCAGCGACCGAAACUGCACCGUCUUCAACAAGGACACCGAACAGGUGGUCUGCAUACUCAAGGGUCACACCAAGAAGGUCACAAAGGUCAUCUAUCAUCCGGAGGAGGACACGGUACUCAGCGCCUCCCCGGACGCCACGAUCCGCGUGUGGAACGUGCCCACCUCCCAGACCGUGCAGCUGAUCCGCGCUCACGACGGCCCCGUGACCGGUCUGUCACUGCACGCCACCGGAGACUACGUGCUCAGCUGCUCUAGCGACGAGAACUGGGCCUUCACCGACGUGCGAACCGGCCGCGUGCUCACCAAGGUGGCUGACAACAGCUCCAGCGGCUUCACCACCGCUCAGUUCCAUCCGGACGGUCUCAUCUUUGGCACUGGCACCUCCGGCUCGCAGAUCAAAAUCUGGGAUCUCAAGGAGCGCAGCAACGUCGCCAACUUCCCCAGUCACUCGGGCCCUAUCACGGCCAUCUCGUUCUCUGAGAACGGCUACUACCUGGCCACAUCGACCGAUGACUCGUCCGUCAAACUGUGGGAUCUGCGCAAACUGAAAAACUUCAAGACGAUCCAGCUGGACGAUGGUUACGAGGUGAAGGAUCUGUGCUUCGACCAGAGCGGAACCUACCUGGCCGUGGCAGGAACCGACGUCAGGGUGUACAUGUGCAAGCAGUGGCUGGAGCUGGUGACGUUCACCGACCACACGGCACUGGCCACCGGCGUGCGGUUCGGUCAGCACGGUUCCUACAUCGCCUCCGCCAGCAUGGACCGCACGCUCAAGGUGUACUCCAUCUAGUGACACCUGUCGGCGCUGGCGGUAACUAAAACUUCCUGCUGCGGCCGGCUGGGGGUGAGGCGGCUGAAGGCCGGUUUACAAAGGCAAGGCACGACGUGACUGAGCGCAGUUCAUGUCGAUGUAAUCUAUGCUGUGGUUUAAUGGACUCCUAAAAGGGCCUGAAAUUGAUUUGCUGGCCUGGCAGUGGUAAAAAAGUGCGGCAUUCUUGAGCCGCCGAAGGGGCUCUAUGAAUUGCUCAGAGAUGGGUGUAGUCAAAGCAUGAAACUGAAGCUCUGCGUUUGCUACCUACCAGCAACAGCAGUCUGAAUGUUUUCUGAGGCACAUGUACGAUGCCGAUCCAUCCAAUUUCGCUUAAAAUUUUGGGUACCUGAAAAGGCUGGUUUUCAUCUCUACUACCCAAGGCUCUAAGUUUCCGUCGCUCACAUUAAUGAACUCCAGUUCGCGGCUGAACUAGCCCGGUCCUCUUACCGGACAAUUUUCAUGAGGGUUCCAUCAUUCCGAGAGACCCCCUGGUUCUCUUGGCUGUGUGUGGGAGCGGCUGAUGUGCAUACUUCACUGAAGAGCGGUGAAUGAGUGCGUGUGAGUGUCUGUGACAGAAGUGGAUAAAUGUGUACGCGGACAGUGAGAUGGAAACUGGUGGAGACAGAUCGCUUGUGAACAGUUUUGCCGAGUGGUCUGACGUGCGGCGGGUGUCAUUUUUCAUCACAAUACAUCAGGAAAGAUGCGAUAA